CAACUUUCUCUAACCAUCAUCAUUCAUUCACCUUUUGGUUUGUGGUCUGACCAAUCUGCAGAGAGAUAGUGCAAGAAGAAACAAACAAAGUCAACAAAAUCCAAACACAUGUUUUCGUAAAGAAAAUGUUUGGGGCUUUAUAUGGCUUAACAAAGUAAGUACUCUGAAUCAGAGUUUCUGAUUUGACUCCUUCAACUUCUUUACAUAGUCCUAUGGAAUUUUACUGUGUCCCCACUUCCUCCUAAAAAGUCGUCUCAUCAAUCAUCGUCAGAGCAACAAAUUUACCUUUAGUGGGUUCCAACUUCUCUGAAACAGAGGACCAAGUGUGUCCUUCAAGUCUUCUGCUUGAUGAAGUUACAGUUGGAGACUUGGUAAGCAGAGUAAGACAAGACCAGCUUUGAACAAAUGGGAUGUCGAGUCAAGAAGAAGAUAUAGGCACAAGUGAUACACUAAUUGGAUCGUUGUUGAGGUCCAUUUCUGAGGUAAUCACAUCCUUGGAGUCCUUACAAGCAGAAACAGAGAGGUUCCUCGAAUGCGCUUGCUACUUUUAUCGAGUUUCAGUUGUGUUAAUGGAGAUACAGACAGCAGAGAGCAACGUCAUAUGUUCAAUUGAUAUUUUUGAAUCACUAUCCGAUAGUGUAGAUGUUGCCAAGAAACUGGUUGAGAAAUCUCAAGAAAGCAACGAAGCCGAAUCAACUACUGAUCUGAGAAGCAUUGAGGCAGGUUUUGAAGGCGUUGUAAAGCAGAUGGGUGAAACUUUGCAGUCCAUACCUGAAUCAACAUUCGACGAGGAAGAAUAUAUAGGAGUUGUUAUUCAGUCUCUUUCAAAUGAGAUGCAAAAUGCUACCAUUGGAGAUGGUAGUAAAAGUGAGAUGAUAAACAAUGGGCAGCAGAAGAUUUCUGCAAAGCAUACACCGGAUAUUGUGUCUGAGCAAAUGGAGGAAGACCUCUAUCCCACUGAUCCUGAAUUUUCCUAUGAAAGUUACAUGAUGUAUAGUGAAUCACAAUCACAAAUGACUGAUAUACCAGAUAUCCCAAGCAAGAGCACAGAUGUUAGCCGCCAGAGAAAGCAUGGAAAUCAUAGUGAAUCACAAUCACUAGUAACCGAAAUACCAGAUAUCCCAAGCCAGAGCACAAAUGUUAGCAGCCAGAGAAAGCAUGGGAAUCUCAGUAAAUCACAAUCACAAAGUACCGAAAUACCAGAUAUCCCAAGCCAGAGCUCGAAUGCUAGCAGCCAGAGAAAGUAUGGAAAUCUUAGUGAAUCAUUGUCAAUGUUACCACAGGUGACACAGUUCAUGGAACCUCCAUACCAAGCUUUCAUCUGCCCGUUGACCAAAGAGAUAAUGGAAGAUCCAGUCACCACAGAAACAGGAGUAACCUGCGAAAGACAAGCAGUAAUAGAGUGGUUUGACAGUUUUGGAAACUCCGAUGAGAUCAACUGUCCAGUUACGGGUCAAAAGUUGACCACUGAAUUAAGUGCAAAUGUUGUCUUGAAAACCAUCAUUCAGGAAUGGAAAGUACGUAACGAGGCAGCAAGAAUCAAAGUGGCUCAUGCAGCUUUAUCCUUAGGCGGUUCAGAAAGUAUGGUCAUCGACGCGUUAAGAGAUCUGCAAAUGACCUGUGAAGGGAAAGAGUACAACAAGGUACAAGUCCGUGAAGCUGGGAUCAUUCAGCUGCUUGAUAGAUACCUGACGUACAGAAGUAAAGAUGUGAGGUUUGAACUACUAAAGUUCUUAAGGACACUGGCAGAUGAAGAAACUGAUGACGGAAAGGAAAUGAUUGUGAAGACAAUAACUAUGUCAUGCGUAAUCAAACUUUUGGGAAGCAGUCACCAGCCUGUAAGACAUGCAGCACAAGCCUUACUGCUUGAGCUUUCAAAAUCCCAACAUGCAUGUGAGAAGAUUGGGACUGCUAGAGGGGCGAUACUAAUGUUAGUUACCGCAAAGUAUAACAGGGAGUUGGAUUCCUUUGCAUCUGAAACAUCAGACCAAAUCUUAAGAAAUUUAGAGAAGUGUCCUGAGAACAUCAAGCAAAUGGCAGAGAGUGGACUAUUGGAACCUCUUCUGGGCCAUCUAGCAGAAGGGAGUGAGGAGACUCAGGUGGCAAUGGCUGCGUACCUUGUGGAAAUUGAUAUUGGACAUGAGAAAAAAACUUAUGUAGCUGAGAAGGCUUGCCCUGCGCUCAUUGGGCUGGUGCAAAGUGAAAAUAUUGACGCUAGAAGAGCCGCCUUCAAAGCUCUUGCUCAUAUUUCAUUGUAUCACCCCAACAACAAGAUACUGGUAGAGGUCGGCAUCAUCAAGAUCAUGGUCGAAGAAAUGUUCACGAAGCGAGUGUUUAGUGAUCUGAUGAACUCCAGGAACGAAGCUGCUACAAUACUUGCAAACAUACUGGAAUCUGGGCUGGAACAUGAGACCUUUGAGGUGAAUACUCAUGGCCACACAUUAGGCUCGGAUUACUUUGUAUACAACAUCAUCCACAUGCUCAAGAACUCAAGCCCAGAUGAUCUUAACAUUGAUUUGAUCAGGAUUCUCCUAUCCUUGUCCAAAUCACCUAGAGCGAUGGCAACAAUCGUCUCAGUGAUCAAAGAAACCGACGCAAGCUUUGCCAUGAUAGAACUCAUCAACAAUCCUCAUGACGAAUUAGGGGUUGGAGCAUUAAAACUUCUAAUAGCCCUUACCCCCUACAUCGGUCACACGCUAUCAGAGAGACUAUGUAAAACUAGAGGUCAGCCAGAGAAUCUUAUCCAGUGCCCAGUAGAAGCAAAUCAAAUAACAGAAAAGCAUGCUGUUUCAGCCAAGUUACUUGCUAAACUUCCUCAUCAGAAUCUGACUCUUAAUUUAGCACUGGUCAACGAGAGCAUAGUGUCUGAAAUUCUGCAUGCAAUCCAUCUGAUUCAAAGAAGUGGAGCACGAACAAGCAGGUAUGCAACUGAUUUCUUGGAAGGUCUCGUUGGCAUCUUAGUGAGAUUCACAACUACACUGUACGAGCCCCAAAUGAUGUACCUAGCCAGAAACCACGAUUUGACAUCAGUGUUUGUUGAUUUAUUGAUGAAAACAUCAAGCGACGAAGUUCAAAGGUUAUCAGCAACUGGACUAGAAAAUCUAUCAUCUACAACUAUGACUUUAUCGAGGCCACCCCAACCUAGGAGCACAAAAUUCAUGGGAUCACUGAGUAUGCCUAGGUCUUUCUCCCUCCGUUCAUCCAAAAAGAAGCAGAUAGAGAUCUGUGCAAUCCACAGAGGCGUAUGUUCUGCAAAAAACACAUUUUGCUUGGUUGAAGCAAAUGCAAUCACAAAGCUUCUAGCAUGUUUGCAGAGUGAUAAAGUGGAGGUAGUGGAGUCAGCAUUAGCUGCUAUAUGCACGCUAUUAGAUGACAAGGUCGAAGUGGAGAAGAGUUUAAGCAUGCUGAGUGAAAUGAAUGCAGUACAACUAAUUCUAAAUGCAGUCAAGGAACACAAGAAAGAGUCUCUAUUGCAGAAAGCAUUUUGGAUGAUUGACAAGUUCAUUAUUAGAGGCGGAGAUAAGUAUGCCAGCGAAAUAUCACAAGAUAGGAUGUUGUCAGGCGAUGGAGGCGAGAUUUGGGGGAAGAUUGUGUGGUCCGGUGCUGUCUACAAACUUGAUCCUCUCUCACACUCAUUUAGCGUCAAAGUCUUACAUUCUGCUUCUGUCCAUGUCUGA